AUGUGGAAUCCUCUGAUUCAAUUUCUUCGUUUAUUUGGUUUGUCAUCAUUUUUUGUCAUGGAUCGUAUUGGAAACUUUUCUAAUGCAUGGCAACAAUUCAUUCGAGAUCCUCAUGUUGCUCAUGCAGCAUAUUCAAUGACGAUAUUAGAUAGUCGAACAGGUUCAAUACUUUUUGAAUAUGCCAAAGAUCUAGGUCUUUCACCAGCAUCAUCACUUAAAACAAUCACAGCAGCUGCUGCUUUGCAUUAUCUUGGUUCAGAUUAUACUUAUGAAACUUUGUUACAAUAUUCGGGUACGAUAGAUACUGUAACAGGCUUUCUUGAUGGAUAUAUUUAUAUUGUUGGUAGUGGAGAUCCAUCAUUAGGCAGUUGGCGAUAUGAUGAAACGACAACAGCAGAUUCUAUUAUUAAAAAAUGGAUAGAAGCUAUAAAACAAACUGGAAUUCGAAAAUGUCGAGGUAUUAUAGGUGAUACUAGUCGAUGGAAAAAUAAAAAGAUGAUUCUCAUUGAUGGAUGGACAUGGAAUGAUAUUGGUCAAUGGUAUGGUACUGGUCAUUCAGCAUUAAAUUGGCGAGAGAAUGAGUUCACUAUUGAAGUUCAACCAGGCUCAUCUGUAAAUGCGUCUGCUCGCAUUAUUGCAAUAAAAAAUCCACCGCCACAUUUAAAAAUCUUUAAUGAAUUAAUUACUGCAUCAUCAGAUGAUGACGCAUCUCUUUAUUUUUCUCUUGAUGGUUCUAAUGUUGGUUAUCUACGUGGUACAGUAUCACUUCAAGCGCCUCCGGAUUUUAACCUUCGUUGUGCUGUACCUGAUUCAGCAUUAUAUGUUGCUGAUGAAUUAACUCAAGCAUUACGAACAUAUGGAAUUCAAGUAGAACAAGAAGCAAUAGUUGAAUCAAGUGAAAAAGAAAACCUAACUUUACUAGAUAUUCAUCGAUCACCUCCAUUAUCAAAACUACUUGAACAGUUUCUUCGUAUUAGUAUUAAUAUGUAUGGUGAAGUAUUUGUUAAAACAAUUGCUCAUGAAACAGGACAAUCUUCAUUAUUUGAUGCUCCUUUGAAAAUUCUUCCAUCAUAUAUUAAUAUAUUACUUGAGAAUAAUAAAUCGUUAGAAGCUGUAGCAAUAACAGAUGGAUCAGGUCUAUCACGUAGUAAUCGUUUAAGUACAUAUGUUUUAGCACAAAUUCUAUUUACGUUACAAAACCAAUCAUGGUUUGAUGUUUAUUAUGAAGCUUUUCCAACUAUAAAUGGAAUUCGAAUGAAAAGUGGAACAUUAUUGAAUACUAUUGCUUAUGCUGGAUAUAUCAUAGAAAAUUCGUUUGUUUUCUCAUUUAUGAUUAAUAACUAUUAUGGCGAAACUGCUCCCGAUAUGAGAAAGAAAGUUUGGAGUAUGCUUGAUUCAUUAAAAUAA